GCCGUCCCGUCAACCACGAACACCCGGCACCACUUUUCUCGUGUCGCACGGGGAGCCAGCGCUCGGGGGCGGCGCGUGCGGCAUGGUCCAGGUCAAGUUCCAUGGCGUCGCAUGUGUCCUUGGCCUCACGGCGGUGCUGGUGAACAUGUUUACGCUGCCACUGCGAGGCCUGGUCGUGCCCACGGUCGAAUUACUGGACACACCGUGGGCCCUCCUCGCCGUCGACUACACGUGGGACGCCAUCAUGCUGACACUGUUCGUCGUCCAGCUCGCGCUCUGGCGUCCGUCGUCGUCGACGACGUCAGCGUUCGCGUCGCUAGCCGCCGCCGCCACGACAUCUCCGCACCGCGUGCGGCUUUGGAUCGAAUGCCUUGCGUUUCUCCCGGUCGACUUGAUCGCACACGCCGGGGGGUUCCGCGGCAACUUUGGCGUGUGGCGACUCAACCACGUCGUCGCCAUUCUGCCAUUCCUUCGGUACCUCCGCAUCACGGAAGGGUACUUUUGGCGCGUGAGCGUUCAGAUGCGCCGCACGUUGUACAUCUUGACAAUUCUUCCCAUGUGGUCGCACUGGUUUGCCUGCAUUUGGUUUUACGUGGCGUACGUCGAGAGGCACGACUCGUACUCGUGGUUGAAGCAGUCCAUGUACCCAGAGUUCUACAACACGAGCACAGCCACGACAUACCUUCGUUCGAUCUACUGGUCCGCGACGAUGCUGACGACCGUCGGGUUUGGCGACGUCACAGCGGUCACGCGCGGUGAAACCCUCGUCUCCAUUCUCGUGAUAUACAUGGGCAUCUUGAUCUCGUGUGCAUCGAUUGCGUGCGUCCUCAAGCUCAUGGAGCAUGCAGAUCGCAACCAAAUGGCGCUCCAAGAACGCCUCGACGACGUAUGUGGGUACUUGGAAUGGCGCCACGCCAGCGACGACCUGGUCGACCGCGCCUUGACGUCGGUCCGAGCGUCGUUUGUGCCGCAAAUCGAAACGACGCGGGCCGAGCUCGCGACGCAACUACCCUAUGCGCUUCGAGCACGCCUCCAAAUCGAGCACGAAGAAGUCCUUGUGCACACCGUGCCUCGCUUCCACACGGCAAGCAAGACCCUCCGCGCCGCCAUCUCGGAACAUGUCAUCUACGUGAGCAAAGCUCCCGGAGAUAUUGUCGUUGUCGCGUCCCAACCUCUCGGUGGGUUGUACCUUCUUCGCCGAGGCGACGCCACCUACGUGGAUGGUGGCGCUGUCGUCAAAGCGUUGGACAUCCACGAGUAUUUUGGAGAAGAUGCGCUGUUCAGCGAAGACCACGUCGCGCAGUACACGGUCGUGUGCACGUCGGGGUGUGAGUUUGUCUAUUUGGCCCGCGAGCACUUUCAAGACAUGUGGCAAUUGGAACAAGAUCGUCACCCGGACACUGCGCGUGACGAGGAUGGCAACGACGACGAUAGUGGGGGCGGGCACAUCCUGGCCAAGCAUACCGCGACCACGAUGGAUUCGAGCGCUGCCACGGCGGGGUCGACGAGUCGGCGGCGGCGGUGCCGCGUGACGUCGGCGGACUGGCUGCCCAACUCGAUGUUCCGGCGGGUGUGGACGCUCGUGUGCUUUGGCGGACUGUUGUACAACAUUUACGCCGUGCCGCGCGACUGUGCCUUUUUUCGGUCGCACAACCGAUUCGAAGCCCCCGACGCGGAGGCGCUGGUGGACCUGGGACUGUUCUGGGGCUUUGACGUGCUCUUCCUCGUCGAUUUUUUUCUGCACUGCCGGCGAUUCUACGUCGAGCACGACGGCCAUGUGGUCACUGACCGACGUCGCGUAUUCCGCCGGUACAUUCGGUCGGUCUGGUGCUGGAUCGACCUCACGUCGAUCCUUCCGCUCGACGUUGUGUGCGUAUGCGGGUGGCACUCGAUGCGCGAUCUUGCGUUUUUUCGCGUCAACAAGAUCGUGCGCAUCCUGCACCUGACCGAGUACUUUGAAGUGGCCGAGGCGCUGCUCCUGUCUCGGCUUCACGUCCACGUGUUUACCCGCCGCAUCUUUCGGAUCAUGUCCAUCUUGGUCUUGUCGGGGUACGUCGUCGGGUGUUUUUGGUACUACGUGGCCGAGAUCACAGCAACCGACUACCCCGACGCCAACUGGGUCGACCUCGACCAGUCGAACCCGCAGUUUUACUUUCAAUCGUACGCCCACAAUCGAUUCUACCUCGUCCGGUCCAUGUACUUUGGGUACAUUGGCGGGUCGACGCUCGGGUUUGGCGACAUUGUGCCCGUGAACCCGUACGAGACCAUGAUCGCGACGGUCAUGCUGCUCUACGGUGCCAUCCUCAAACCGGCGCUCGUCGGCGGCGUCGCGUCGCUGCUGCUCACCCGCAACAAGGCACAAGUCACGCACCAAAAGAUGCUUGUCGGAUUCAAAUGGCUCGUGGCGUCGCACAAGUUACCAGAACGGCUCCAGGACCGCGUGCUUGGGUACUUUGAGUUUAUGUGGGAGCACGAGUACUACGAAAAGGAAGCUGCUAUCUUGGAGUAUGUGCCGGAGCUGCGGUGGGAGAUCGUUCAAACGAUGUGUCGAAACACGGACCCGAGUGCGUAUUUUUUCCGCCACGUCAACGAAGACGGGAUGCGCGCCGUGUACGCCGCGAUGGAGCCGCAGCUGUGCAUUCCCCAUGACGCGAUUGACGUGCCGAGGGGAAGCCUGGGCAUCCUCGUGUCUGGUCUCGUCGUUGUUCAUGGCUGCAUCCAGUCGACGUCCAACAACGGCAACGCGAUCGAACGAGGCAUUCAAGCAGAAGCUGUCGCUGAGUUUGUCGUUGAAAUCGACAGCGUGGAAUCGCUCGACCGUCGGACGUUUGGAUUGGCGUCGUUUCUGGAGUUUGGAGCGGAGAACGACGGCGCGGCGGCCACAAAAGUCCCCGCCAUGCCGUCGUUGACGUAUCGCGCGGGGUCGGAAUUCUGCGAAGUGCUGUGGCUGCGAGCCAAGGACGUCGCGGCGAUCUUGGGCACGCAAAUGUCCACGUGGAAGUCGCUGCGCCGCGACAUGCAGGUGCAUUUGGACGCCACCAUGCACCAUUAUGCCAUGAACGAACUGGAAAAGGAUGGACGAGAUGGCGUCCAACGCACGGUCGUUGACUUGAUGACAACGGCGAUGGUCAAACUUGGAGACAUCGCGAUGAAGUCGACGUUGAGCCAUUUGACGCGGUCGGCAGCGCCAUCGUCGUCGGCUCAUGUCGUGCCGUUGCCUCCAUCCGACCAUGUCUCGACAACGGACGCGACUUUCCCCGCUACACCGGCGUUGUCGCCGCGGUCGAGAAAGCUCAAAACAUGCAAGGGCCCCGUUGUCAAGUGGACGCCGACGUCAAAAGCCUCGCUGGAAAAGGAUGCCCUCGUCCACAGUCGGUUCCAUCCGAAAUCGCGGUUCCGGCGCGUCCUGAAUGUGCUUGUCGUGCUCGCCCUGCUCUACAACGCGUUCCUCGUUCCGUUUCGCCUCGCCUUCUUUUCGUCGUUGCAGCCCGCGUCGUAUCUGUACGGGUUUGUCGUCGACUACGUCCUCGACGGGCUCUUCCUCGUCGACAUUGCAGUCAAGUACCGCUAUCACUUGCUUCGGCUGCGCCAGGACACGUCGGUGCUGUCGAUUUCGUUUCACUGGGCCGUGUGGCACUCGCUCAAGUGGGACAUCGUGUGCGGGUUUCCCGUCGAGUUGUUUGUGAUCGAGUUUGUGCGCCGGCACCCCGACCAACUUGUCGCGGUGCUUACCGUGUGCCGACUCCCCAAGGUCUUUCGUCUGCGGUACUUUACGAUUCGCAUCCGAGAGUUGGCGCAGUCGGCGAUCCGAAACAAGCCGCAGUGGAGCGACGUGGUCGUUGUGUGUCGGUACUUUUUGUUUAUCCUGUUCUUUUCGCACCUCCUGGCGUGCGGAUGGCACUACGUGGCGUUUGCGGACAAGGGGAUUUUCCCGUGGUCGACAGACUGCAGCACGCGCGACAACGCGAACGGCGCGGGUGACAGCGACGCAGUGACGGCAGAAGCCACGUGCUUGUUUGCCGGAACCUGGAUCGAGUACCAGAUCCAUGGCAUGUACUUGCCCAAGGACGGCGGAACGAUCUGGGAGCGGUACUCGCGAUGUUUCAACUAUGCGAUUCAGAUGCUGCUCGUUGUGAGCUCUGGCAUCAUCGUGCCUGUAAACAUGGUCGAGACGAUCGUGUGCAUAGGCGCGAUCUUUGCCGGCAUCUUCUUCAGCGCCGGCAAGAUCGGCGUGAUUGGGGAAAUCAUCUUGAAAGUGGACGCGGCAUCGACGUCGAUCCGCCAGGCCACGGACGCCCUCGCCAAGUACAUGGCGUUCCACAAGGUGCCGCAGCCCAUGACGGACAAAGCGCUUGGGUUCAUGGAGUUCUUGUACCGAAAACGUCGCAAGCUCCUGUUCCAGGAAGACGAGAUCGUCGGCAUGUUGCCGCGCCAGCUCCGCGACGCCAUCGUCGACCAUAUCAAGCACACGCGAUUGAUGCAGAGUGACUUGUUUGCGCACCUGCCGUCCGACGUCGUUGCCGCCGUCGCCAAGCAUCUCAAGUCCAGGUCCGUGGCCCCUGGCGACGAGCUCGUCGGUGAGCUCCGAUACAACCGAUGCAUGUACUUUGUCAAGCCCGGAAGUGUCCAGUAUCAAGACCCAACAAUCCCGACCAAGCACAGCAAGCGACUUGGCGUGUUUGGCGAGCGGAGUUUGCUUCUAGAUGAGCCGCAUCCACACACGAUCUGUGCGUGCGUGUUCACGGAAGUGUUUGUCCUGCGCGAGACCGGCAUGGAUGCUGUGUUUGACGCGUUCCCGGAGCUCAAGCAGCAGCUCCUCGACCGCCUCGACGACGCGACGAAUGGCCACGGCGACGACGCUGUAGACGGGGCGCCGCUGACCGUCGACAUCAAGUCGGACGAGAGCGCCACGGUAGAGCUGCAGCAUCGACAUGCCGCGCGCAGGACGAGUGACAGCCACGACGAACGCAUGGACGAAUCCGCUGUCGCCCGGACAUGGAUCGAGCCGGACUCGCGCUUUCGCCGCAUGUGGGACGGCAUCUUGUUUUGGACAACUCUGUACAUUUUGAUCGUGCUGCCGCUUCGCGCGACGUACCUCGUCGAGGAUCGCGUGGAUUCGCUUCAUGAACUGGUCGUGUGGUACGGCGGCGACGUGCUGGCGCAGGUCCUGUACGCGCUGGACACGUACUGGAGCUACAACUGGUUUGCCUUUAUGGACCAUUCCAAGUUGAUCCGGCACCGCGCCAAGAUUCGCGAAAACUACCGGUCUUAUUUGGUCCUGGACCUGGUCUCGAUAGCGCCCUACUGCCUCGGGUCGUUUGUGGUCGGGCUCCCGGCACUCAAGUUCCUCGUGAUGCCGCUCUUGCUGCGGGCAAAGCGGUUCCCACGGUACCUCCGCCGCUUCUCGCGCAACUUUCAGUUCUUCUUGUGUCGCGUCAGCGGCAGCAUGCUGCACAUUCUCCACUGCAUCCUGUACUACGUGAUCAUGGUGCACUGGUGGGCGUGUGUGUGGAUGUUGCUGCAUCGGUACGUGGAAAAGCACUCGGCAUUGACGUGGGCUGUCCGCGACCCGUACAUGGGCGGCGGCAAGCUGUCCGUGUGGGACGAAGCCACCGGAGAGCACAACAUUUGCACGUCCAUGAUCGACUGCUACGUCCGUGCGUACUACUUUGUGAUCACGUUUAUCGGGACGGUCGGCCUCGGGGACAUUCGAACGGGCGGCCACCUCGAGUACUUUUUCGAGAACGUCGAAGCGCUGUGUGGGUCGUUCUUCUUUGCCGCGCUCACUUCGUGCUUUGCGUCGUACUUUCAGUUUGCCGACACGUUUGGCAGAGGCGCGACACAGGCCAAGCUCAGCACGUUGGCGAGCUACUUUCGCGUGGCGCACACGACCAAGCCGACGACGCGCGCGAUUGUGGCCAACAUGAAGCUGUGGUGCCAUCGCACGGGCGGCGGGCUCGUCGAACACGCCGUGGCGGCGUAUUUGCCCGUCCCGCUGCGCGUUGAAAUCGCCACGUACGUGCAGCGCCACCUCCUCACGUCGUCGUCUGCGUUGACGUCGUGCGAUGCGUACAUCCGCCAUCGUCUUGUUCUGGCCUUGCAAUUUCAAGUCGUGAUCGGCGGGACGGCCAUGUACGAAGCAGGAGACAGUUUGGACGAAGUCGCGUUCGUCUCGAGCGGCAGUGUCAAGCUCGUUGUGGCCCCGUCUGCGUCUGGCAAUGAUACCGUUGCCGUACCGCCGUCGGCUCUGCGCCACCGCGUGGUUGUGGGCGAAUCGGGCUGCCACGUUGGCCGAGGCGAAGCAGGGCCUUGUCCCCAUGCCAUCUCUGCGUUGGAGCACGUAGAGCUGUAUGUCCUCGACGCCAUGGGCAAACGAGAGGUCCUUGGUCACAUGCCGCGUGAGAAUCGCCAAGCGUUUCUAGAGAUGCUGGAUGGAACGUCGCUGCAUGCUACGGCGAUGGCGGACCACCCCAAUGGAUCGCCGAAGAGAUCACCCAUGGCCAAGCCACGCACGGUCGACGAAGAUGAAGACGAGAUGGUUGUCAGCGAGGACGACGACGACGCUGCGUGGCUUGCCAUGCCCCAAUCGUUUUUCAAGUAAAAAUGGCAUAUGUGCGUGAAAACAAGUCGAGUGGCGGCGUUCGGCAGUUUGUCCAACUGGUUGAACAUGUCAUCACGUCAAACCGACGAUGGUGGUGGAGGUGGACGCUGUUGGAUGGAAGACAGACAUCCCUGCCUCCGGCCGAUGGUAGCGAUGUCAUCUAUCUCCGAUAUAGUUUGUCGUGGACGCUGUGAAGGCCAUCG